AUGAGUGGAAUAAUAACAGCUGCUGCAGAAACACAAUUUCAUGUGCUGGCAGUUGAUGACAGCAUCAUUGAUAGAAAGUUGAUUGAGAGGCUCCUCAAAACUUCUUCUUAUCAAGUUACCGUUGUCGAAUCUGGAGUGAAGGCUCUAGAGUUUCUUGGAUUGGUUGGUGAUGAAAAAUCAAAUAACACUCUGAAAGUGGAGAUAAAUUUGAUCAUCACGGAUUACAGCAUGCCCGCAGUUACCGGUUACGAUCUUCUGCGAAAGAUCAAGGAAUCAAGAUUAUUGAAAGAUAUUCCAGUGGUGAUUAUGUCAUCAGAAAAUGUAGCAUCAAGAAUAAACAGCUGCAUGGAACAAGGUGCUGAAGAGUUCUUCCUUAAACCAGUUCAACAAUCUGAUGUCAAUAAAUUAAGACCUCAUUUGUUGAGGAGGAAUAUAUGCACUUGAUUAUUUGAUUAGCCAAUCACAAGAUUUUA